AUGCCUGCCUCCUGCACAGACAUCCGCGCGGCGUUAGCCCUCUGCCUCCAACAAUCCGACUGUGUGAUGAUCCACCGCAACACCCCCGCCGACUGCCUCCGCCCACCCCUCUCCGACACCCUCCCCACCCAAUGCCAGCAGCUCAAACACGGCUACGGACAGUGCAAGCGCGGACAGAUCGACAUGCGCAAGCGCUUUCGCGGCAACAAACCCAUCUCUACGUCGACGGAGCUGGAGGGUGGCGGGGAGCGCAAGACGGCGGGCAUGCUGUAUGCUGGCAAGCCGGCUUUUGGCACUGAAGGGACGGAUGGGAGGGAGAUGGAGGCGAGGGGCGGGGAGGGCGAUGCGGAGUAUGAGCGCUUUGUACGGAAUGAUGGCAUCGAGGAUAUACGGAGGAAGAAAUAG